UUGGUGUUAUUUGGUGUUCGGUGGUUUAUGUGGCAACAAAUUCAUUUAAAUUUCUUUUUCCUUGCAAAAAUUCACUGAAAAAAUUCAAAUGGACAUCAAGAAUCAUUAAAGCUAUAAAUUACCAUGAAAUAACAGUAUAUUGAAUGAUUAUAUAUUUGCAAUUAAUGACAAAACUCUUUGAGAUUGAAUGGGAAAUAGUAAUACUAAGAUAAAUUCGUAUUCUCGACGAAAAUAUAAUAGUCAAUGUAGUCUAAGUAGUAUUAUCAAUGGGAGUUGUACUGGAACUUCUGAAUCAAUAUAUCAAGAAUAUAGGCCAUGGUCACGUGUUUCAAGAAGAACGUGGGCUGAAGGUACUUUAAAUGAUCCUUUAAAUUCAACAAAAACUGCUUGGCCAGUGCCAAGAUUUGAGGCAAUUUUUCUACCAGAAUUUAAAGUAAGAGAAAGUCCAAUCGAUAAUGACUUUACAUUCUUGGAGUUCAUCGCUAAAGGAGCAUAUGGAAGAGUAUACAAAGUCGAGGAAAAAAAAACGAAAAAAAAGUAUGCAUUGAAAGUAAUCAGUAAAUCAAGAAUUGUUGAAGAAGAUUCUAUUGUGCAAGCCAAACAAGAGGUUGCUAUUCAAAGAGCGGUAAGUCAUCAUCCAUUUAUUGUUGGCUCUACUAAUUAUUGGCAGGGCAGAAAAACUUUAUAUAUACUUACUGAAUAUAUUCCUGGCGGCGAACUCUACUACCUUGUUAAAGAAUAUGAAAAACUACCUGAAGAAGUUGUUAGAAUUUAUGUUGCUGAGUUAGCUUUAGCUAUAGAUUUUUUACACAAUGCUGGCAUUGUGCAUAGAGACGUGAAAGCUUCGAAUAUUUUACUUGAUAACGAAGGCCAUGCGUUGCUGAUUGACUUCGGAUUAGCUAAAUGGCUUCGUCCUCUACAUAAAACUGCCACAUUUUGUGGUUCAUAUGAAUAUAUGGCUCCUGAAAUUUUACGUAAAGAGCAGUAUGGACGUGAAGUUGACUGGUGGGCUUUAGGAGUACUUAUGUGUUUUCUUUUAAUUAACGAGUAUCCAAUAACUUUGACUGAAAAUGGAAUUAUGCAAGAAGUGGAUGGAAAAUCUAUUCCUCCAGGAACUCUACCAGAAGGAAUUGAAAUAUCCAAUGCAGCGAAAGAUUUAUUACACAAAUUGCUUCAAUAUGAUCCACGAACAAGAUUAAAAUCGGUCCAAGCUAUGCAACGAACUGCUUUUUAUUUUGGAGUUGAUAUUCAAAGUUAUAUGCUAAAAGAGAAUUCACCGUUUCGAUUGUUGGGUCGAAAAAGUGGUGAACCUCUACUUCCGAAGACUGACUAUAAUAAUAUUUUCAAAAGUUUCGACUCAAUAGCCAAUAGUAUUGACACAAAUAUUAAUUAAUAACUGACGAAGAAUUCUUCAUGACAGUGAUAUUACCUGACCUCAUUAUUAAUUUAAUAAUAUAAUAAUUGUAUAAUAAGUAUUACUAUAAAUAUAAAUGUAACAUUUAUUUGUAUAGAAGUGGCAUCGAACAUUAAUUUCAGAUGAUUCUAUUGUUGAAUAAUAUUAGGAAUGGAUAGAAAAAUUUUUGGGAAGCAAAAAGAAUAAAUCAAACUUCAAUUUAGUUUUUCAGUUUA